AUGACUGAGAACGAUCGCAUCGAGUAUAACUGGAUUCCAAAUGUGGAGUAUCUUUCAAGAUAUGCGCCCGGGGGCUAUCAUCCAAUCAUGGUCGGUGAUGUACUACAUGGUCGUUAUCACAUUGCAGACAAACUUGGCUCUGGGGGCUAUUCGACAGUUUGGCUUGCCCGAGAUACUCACGCAAACCGAUAUGUUGCUCUCAAGGUUAAUAUUGCCGACUCGAAUUCUCGCGAGACGGGUAUUCUCAAGGCUCUUUCUACACCUCCUUCAUCACCUUCAUUGGCACAUCCUGGGUAUGAUUUAGUACCUCAUCUCUUAGAUGAGUUCAAAGUGGACGGCCCUAAUGGAACUCAUACAUGUUACACGGUGGCCCCUGCACAAGGCAAUCUUAGGGAUAUAGGCUUUAGUCGGCUUUUCCCCCUCGACGUUGCUCGAGCGCUAUCAUAUCGUUUGGUACAGGCUGUUGCUUAUCUACAUUCAAAGGGAUAUGCCCAUGGAGAUAUCCAUUUGAGCAACAUUUUGGUCAGGCUCCCGUCAACCUUCGAUGACCUUUCUAUCGAAGAAUUGUAUGAGAAGUACGGGAAACCAGAGACGGUCCCUAUUACUCGGUGUGACGGCCAGCCGUUAACACCUAAUAUACCGUCUGAAGCCGUUGGGGUGCUUUGGCUAGGGAAAAGUGCAAGGGAUUUCACAUUAUCCGACACACACUUGAUUCUAAGUGACUUUGGUGAGGCGUUUUCCCCCGCCUUGAAAACCAAAUUAGGUCGGCAAUGUUGCACGCCGUUUGCAUUUCGAGCCCCAGAAGCCACAUUUGAACCGCAGGCUCCACUCUCAUAUCCCUCGGAUAUCUGGAGCUUAGCUACAGCCAUUUGGGACAUCGUCGGAAUGCAGACCGUUUUCAGUGCUGAUUACUUGGAGGAAGAUGAGGUAUUAUCUCAGCAUAUCGAUGUACUAGGGCCAAUGCCUUCAGACUGGUGGCAGCGCUGGGAGGGAAAAUCGAGAUUUUUUGACGAGUCUGGGCAUUCAACGAAGUACCACAAGAGAAACAAAUGGUAUCCACUUGAUCAGUCAUUCGAGACCCAAGUUCAAAAAUGGAGGCGGGAGGAUGCAGACGAAAUGCAGGAAGACGAGAAAAUCGCGUUUCUAAAUAUGAUGCGCCAGAUGCUUAUGUUCCGACCAGAAGAGCGACUAACUGUCGAACAGGUGCUGGAGUCAGAGUGGAUGGUCAAAUGGGCAUUGCCUGAUUACCAGCGGAGCUAA